CAGCCGGGGGCGGAGCGGCGGCUGCCAGGAGCUCCGCCGGGGACCGGCGGCGAGCCGCCGCGGAGGUGAUGCUGCGACCGGAGGAGCCGCCGGAGCCCCGGGCGGGGGCGGCGGCUGAGGAGAGCGGGGCUGGGCCCGUCGCCCGGGGAGGAGAUUAGAAGUGAUACAUCGGAGAUCCUGGAUGAGACCAUUCUGCUCAUUAAAGACAAGGUGAUGGAAAUGAACCACAUCUAUGCCAAAGUUGAUAAAUUAGAGGUAUUAGUUAAAAUGGUUACACACCAUGUUUCCUUCCCAGAAGAGCAAGUGCUUGAAGCAGGAAAGAGCCAUGGCACCUUUCUUAAAACUGUUUGCAAAUUAUUUCAGUGUGCGGCUAUCUCAUCAUUUAAAAAUAGACAUCCUCUAUCAGCAGCAUGCUCCCGAGACCUGCCAAAACUCUACCGAACUGAAGACUUUUUUCCUAUGAACUAUCUGCAGGUCAGUGCGAUGAACAGCGCUUCAAAACAGGAGUUACUGCAAGCCCGUGCGAACACCCAUAGAAAUAAAGCGUCAGUAAGCGCUUGCUCAGCUACAGAACCAUCAUCAUCAUUGAGUCAUCUGCACUUCCGGAAGGUGCAGAAUGGCAGAAAUGUGGAAGUCCCUGACAAGGAACCAUCCUUUUGGAAGCGAGGGGGUGGAGCCAGCAAUAAAAAGGCUUUAAUGGUCCAAUGCCUGCUGCAUAAAGAGAGUCACCCCAGAAGAGAAGAGCUGCAUUUUUGGUCAUUAAUAUUUCCAUGAGCCAAUUCAGAAAUAGUGCUUUGUUUGAACAAUAAAAGCUUUGAUUUGU